CGAAUAUGUAUAUUGCGCAUGCGAGAGAACGAACGAGCUCUGCAUGCACAACCUCGAUGCGUUUCAUGCAUGUAACUCGUAGUUAUCAUGGUUAUGUAAGAUUCCGUUCGGUCUGAGGUUCUGAUCAAGCUCUGCAUUACUGUUUUUCCGUGAAUGCCAGUUUUGUACCGCUGAAUUAUAAUACAUUGAACAGGAAGGUUAUUGGCUAUUUUGUUGACAGCAUGCUAUCAAUAUCAUCUAAUUUUAAUGAUGGGGGAGCAAUGGAUGUCGAAGAGAUCGUCUCUAGCUUCGAAUACAAUGAUAUUUCCUUUGUAAGGUUUGAGCAAACGGACCUGUACGGUGUCGCCAGGUCCAAGACGAUUCCUGCCCAACACUUCAAGCAGAAAGCUGUGAAUGGACUCAACUUCUACCUCGGUCACCUCGGCUAUGAUCCUAAAGCUGGAUUUGUAGAGGACAGUGCCUAUACUGCAGCGACAGGGCAUUGUGAUGCUGUCUGUUUCCCAGACCUUGAAACAUACCAAAAUAUAUCAUGGAGCGAGCGGACCGCACGGAUUCUGAUCGAGCCAAUGUACAAGGGAAAGUUAGUUGAAGCACAUCCAAGGGUGGUGGCAAGGAGACAACUGGAGAAGCUGAAGGAGAUGGGAUAUUCGCUUCUCUCAGCUCACGAGCACGAGUUCUAUUUGGUGGAGAAGGAAUCCCGGAAACCCAUUGAUGAUGUUGUCAACAUCCGGUCUACUAUUCGGAUGGCUGCUUGUGAAGAUAUGGUGUACACCUUUAUGGCUGGAUUGAUAGGUGCUGAGGUUAACAUCGAAUGCGUACAGACCGAGUAUGGCCCUGGGCAAAUUGCGAUGUCCUACAGACCAGCGUUUGGGAUCCGAGCAGCGGACAACGCUCAUACUUACAGGACAGGAAUUAAGGAGAUGGCUCUCAAGAAAGGCUACAUGGCAACCUUCAUGUCCAAACCAUUCCCCAACAGGAGCGGAUCAGCUUGUCAUUUGUGCCAUUCCUUGUGGGACAUCCAAGGUGAGACACCUCUACUCUACGAUGCCGACCGUCCUACAGGACUUACAUCCGUUGGUGAACAUUGGGUUGCGGGUCUCCUCGAGCACACCCCUGCAAUCUCUUUGCUUAUGGCACCAACUAUCAACUGCCUGAAGCGAUAUCUUCCAAACUCCUUUGCACCAUCCAAUGCAACGUGGGGCAUAGACAAUCGCACGUGCGCUAUACGAGUAAAACUGAAUGGUAAAGAAGGUACCUAUAUCGAGAAUCGAUUAGGGGCCAGUGGUUGCAAUCCUUACAUCGCCUUAGCUGCUACCGUUGCUGCAGGAAUGGAUGGUAUCAACAGGAAGCUUCCAUUACCACCCUGUGUGAAGGAAACCGGAAGUGCCUAUAACCUUGAGGACAUCCCACCAGGUACUGCAAACGUUCCAACCGAUAUGGAAGAAGCCAUGAGAACCCUCCAAGCAGACGAUGUCAUGACUUCGGCUCUUGGGAAAGAGUUCAUAGAAUGCUUCCUUGCUGCAAAGAGACAUGAAAUUCUUCUGCAAGAAAAGAAUGAAGAAAAUUGGGAACAAGAUCUCUUCUUUGAAUAUAUGUAGAGCUGAAAUAAGAUUAUUAAAAACCUAGCUUAGGCAUAGUGAUUAAUGUUGUACCUGGUAUCUCAGAUUGGUAUAUCAUUUCCUAAUUGGGAUCUGAUAAACGGUGAUUAGGUCUAAUAGUGUGGACUCUCUGGGAGAUUUAUAGAUUAUAUUUAUAUUUUAUCUUUCAAUAAAUGUAUCGAUAUAAUGACAUUAACACAGGGAUAUUUACCUCGCCACAGUACCCAGGAUUUAUCUAUGAAAAUACUACAUCGUGAUAUCUACCACAGGGUCAUUUUCCAGUUGAUUGUGUUAUUUGUUAUUUACCUCGUAUUCAUUCAAGGUAGUAUGUAUCUCGCCAUGUCGAAAUGUAUUUUUUGUUCAGUCUGUUUUCUUUGAUUAAUUUGGUUCGGUGAGAUAAUAAGUGUGGCCCUGUCUGCUAACAAUAUUUAGAUCAUCAAAGUCGCCGUGAUGAGAUAUAUCUUUACAAGUCGAUAAAUGAAGGAUAAUGAAAAUAAUAUCCCGCAUUUAUAUAGCAUUUACCACAUCGGAACGAAGUCUCUAGGCGCUUUACAGAUACAUGUAUAUUAUACCCCCGGUCAUCGGAUGCCCGCGCAUACAAUGUAUGCACCUUCUCCACUCCCUGCAUGAGGAGCAUUCCAACGAGACUCGAUUUCUAGGCAUGCUACAAAGUCUUUCGCAUCCUACCGGGGUACCUAAUUAACACCUGGGUGGAGAGUGGCAAAUUGUGGAUUGAAACCUUGCCAAAGGACGCUAUAGGCCAUAGUGGGAUUCGAAGACACGACUCUCUGAUUACAAGGCGAGAGUCAGAACCAGUACACCACGGCGGUGUUAUGUCGACUAAUAUUCAAUAUAAAAAGACAAUGUUAUGAAGUCGAAUGACACUUUGAAACAUCCAUAAUCAUUGUUGCCAUCUAAAAUUUAAUAUAAGAAAAUACUAAAGCAUAAAAUGUACCAAUCUCAAGCAUGAUUCAACAUCGAUUGUCGUGAUGUUAUAAAAAAUUCAAAUACUCCAAAAAUCUUCAAGAAUAUGAAAUUCUAACUUGAGGUUCGAGGUUUCAUUAACAAGGAGAUAUACUAAACAACAUUCCACUUUGAAGGAAAAGCGGCAAAAAUAUUUCAAGCAAAAAUAAAUUAUCUUUAUAUUAGAAGAAUGUAUUCCUCGUAUAAAGACUGAUAAUGCAAGCCUAUAAAUAUAUUUACGGUAUAAUGGUGCUAAAAAAAUUAGUAAUUAUGUUGAAUAUAUGAUUCUAGAGCUGUUUAAACUGAUUGGCAUUUUUUUCCUUUCUAUUUACAUAUUUUCUUUGUCUUCGUUUUUCUUUUACAGCAAAUUAUAAAUUUACUUAAUAAUCAGGAUUUGUGUAUCAUUGGGCUGGGAAUUUGAAAAAUAAAAGCAUUAUUAUUGUUUCUAA